UCACUGUGUUCAGCAGCCAUCUCCCUUCAGGUCAGAACUUAAGCAGAGGAAGACACCUGUACAGCAGCUGCCAGGAAAGUGUCAGAGUGCAAGCAAACUAUUCCUUCCCAGGAAGCUACUGAGGUUCCCUUGCUGUGGACGAAGACUCCAUUGCCGGCUGCUGCUGCCGUAUGAAUCAUACACUACUGGAGACCUUCAAAGUGGAACACGGAACUGUUUCUCCACUGUGGACCAGGACUCCAUUACAGGUUGCCGUUGCCAUACGAACCAUACAUCAUUGGAGCCUUCUAAAUUGGAACACGGAACUGGUCAAAUAAUCAUGUCUGCAAAACCAAUACUUCACUACUUCAAUGGUCGUGGAAGAAUGGAGUGUGUUAGGUGGCUGUUAGCUGCAGCUGGUGUCGAGUUUGAAGAAAAAUUCUAUGUAACAAAGGAAGAAUUUGAAAAGUUGCUUAAAUCUGGAGAUUUGAUGUUUCAACAAAUCCCAAUGGUGGAAAUAGAUGGGCUGAAACUUGUACAAACAAGAGCCAUCAUGAAUUACAUUGCUAGAAAGUCCAACAUGUAUGGAAAGGAUCAGAAGGAAAGUGCAUUCAUUGACAUGUAUGUAGAGGGAUGCUCUGACCUGGCAUUACUGGUCAUACCAAUAUUCUUCCUUCCUGAGGCUGAUAAGGGGAAACAAAGAGAUCUCAUCAAAAACAGAGCUGUGAACAGAUUCUUUCCAGUAUUUAACAAAGCCUUAGAAAACGAAAAAUUUCUAGUCGGAAACCAGUUAAGUUUUGCAGAUGUGCAGCUUCUAGAGGUGAUAUUGAUGGUGGAAGAGAUCCAUGGUGACAUCCUACAGAACUUUCCGAACUUACAGGCUUUUAAAAAAAGUACUAGCGAGAUCCCAACAAUUAAGAAGUUCCUGCAGCCGGGGAGUCAGAGGAAGCCGAUGGCAGAUGCAGUGUAUGUGGACACCGUGAAGAAAAUUAUUUACAGCUGAAGUUUGCUAACAUACUUGCUAGGAAAGUGAUGUAUGCCAUGAAAUUUGCAUAUUACAUAUGUAAAAUAAAAUUCCUAUGUUAAUAUUU